GCGACAAGCCUAGCAGUACCACUUCGACUGUGAACGCGGUAAGAAUUGGUUCGUUUACAUUGAAACAGAGUCCCUUCGUUCGAAUUCGAAUCGUCGCGACCACAGUCGAUCGUUUUUUUUCAAACGCUAACAACGUAAUUGGCUAACGGUGCGCGAUCAACAACCGCAAGUCCGAGUCGGUUGGUCAACAGUUGCCAAAUUGUGGGUGAUAAUUGUGAUUGUAGGUGACAUUAAGUGAGAUACGCAAACAGGUACACUUUAUUCGUGCGGCAUAAGAAACGAAUCACGGAGGUCGUUGCACGUAACAUCCAACGAGGGACGGAGCAAUUCACGCGAGCACGAAUCUAUGUCUACGAUUGUGUAGCACUCUUCUCGACCACUUGUCACCAACCGCCGCUAUUGUCUUUUGGGCAAAGAUCGAGCCGGCGACUUCGUUGCUUUCAUUGUUUUCUCGAGAGGCGACCAUUUCUAGUCUGACUUGUAAUCAAAAAUUCGGAACAUCUGGAAAUAAAAUAUCAGAAUUUCUAAGUCAAAAUGAGGAGACAGUCGUACAGCUCGAAUUUGAAUGCCGGAAGCAGUGGCGAGCCUCAGAUCAUCGUCGAGGAAAGCACAUUGGGAGAAGAGGAAACAGAAUGCCGGAGGAACGAAUCUCCACCGCGCUGCGUGGAUCCCGACUCGCCAUGCUUGAAUCCUCAUCUAUUGUCCCCUUGGAGAGAAGUAAGGAAGCACUCUCUACCGACUCCGCAAUGCACUUCCGGGAUAACUGCAUCACAGGUGAGACGAUUGAGCGAGCGUGGCGGAGAAGGAUCAGGACCAUCGCCAAAAGAAACUGCUUUCCUGUCUACCCUUUCUCAAGCGCCAGCCCCACAGCCAGGUGGUCGAAGACACUCGGUCGUUACGAUUUCCAAAGUGCCGACAACUUUGUUUGGUCGAAAUCGUCGCGAAUCAAUCGGCGCUUUUCCUCUCGGUGGCGCGACUAGAAUAUUGCCAAAUCGUCGGGACUCGGACACGAAAAUAACGAGACCGCCGAGCAGCAGUGGAAGCACGCACAACCUUCAGUUGGACAUUAUGGACGAUAUCGCGGAAAUAAAAGCAAGGAAGGUCCGUUUAAAGAUGUACAAGACCUCGACGGAGCAGGUGUGCGAGAUCCAAUCGUUGGAAGGUAAUCGUUCCACCCAGCGUUACACUCACUAUCCAAAACGACGAUUCUCUGAAAUGCCUAUCCCUUCGGUAUCGCCGACGUCCUCCCUGCGAAGGCGCGGCUCGGAAGUGCCAAGAUCCUCGAACACUUCCAUUUCUGGCGCAACUGGCAUCGUCUGCUCCAACACCGAUCUGAUAUCGAUCCUGAGCUCGUUAGCAUCUUCCGCAACGGAGAUCAAUCAAUGCGGCGAGGAAACGGCAAGUUCGCGGGACGAGGGCAAACAGAGCUGGUCCGGAAAAACAUCCGAACAGAAGCGAAGUCGAUUGAAAAGUUUCCGUUCGAACAGCUUCGACGUGUCGAUCCUUCACGGAGCUAAAAGUAAGCUCGCUGGCUCGUCGAAGGCUGCCGCUUCGACCAUUAUGGCGCCGUCCAACUGGUUCACAAAGAGGCAUCAGCCGAUGUCGAAGAAACAAAAGCCAGAGGAUUUAAUAACGGCCAGCUUAAACUUUAAGUUUGACAAAUCGAAGGUUGUGAAGGCGGUCAAGGAAACGUUUAGCAAAACGUCCCCCGGCACUGAUCUUAGACAUAAAGUCGUGUGGGACGACGCCAGUGGAACGAAGGUAGAUGCUCAGGUAUUGGGUAACGCGAUUGAGAAAAUUUUGACAGCACAAAGAGGGAGCGACGCGGAAGCAUCCGGACCGAGCGGAAAAACUUCGGUAUCUCCGAACAAACCAAAAUCCAGCAAAGUGGCAAGUUGGUUUUCAAGCACCAGGGACCAAGAAGAAACCGAAUCUUACGAAUCAUCUAUUUGUUCUUCCCUGAAGGACUUAUUCACCAAGUAGUAUGGAAGCACAAAUACGGGUCUCGUUCGUUUAAUUAAUGCUUUUUCAUUUAAGAAUUAACAUGACAUAAAGAGAUUAACACGACCUAAAUAGAUGACUGAUAAUCUCGUUUAACUAAAAUUAACGAGCUAUAUUUUUUUUCUUAUCAUUUUCGUCAACCUCGUACUAAUAUACACGAAAUGUAUAUAAGUAGCUCGCGGAGGUAUUCAAACACUUGUCAAUUUAAUAGAAAAUUGUAUUAUGUGUGUUCCGCGAAACUUUUUGAUAUUUCAUUAGCACUGUAUUUUCAUACCUGGAAAUAUCAAGUUAACCAUUUCAUUAAGACUAUCAUGAUCAUAUUGGUAAGAUUUGAAAUCAAUUUGAAAAUGAAUAUAGAUUACAUAGACGUAUAUUUAUUGCAAAUAUAUAUUUAAUAAAAAAUUGGCAAUAGGACAGUAAUUUUAUAACUUACAUGUAUAAUUUUGAACGUAUAAUUAGAGCUUUAUAGUUCAUUAAUAAUCGACUGUCUAAAUAUUUCGGUGAUCAAUAAGCAUCUUGUAACUUCCAAAUAUAAAUUUUCAAAUUCAUUUUAAAAAUCAAUAUAAUCGUGAAUCAGUACAUUGCUUGUGAAAUUUCAAAACGUUUUAAUAUAUCCAUAAAAAGUAUUUAAAUAUUUUCUAUAAGUAUUUAAAUAUUUUCGUGAGCCUUUGUAUAUAUACGUACGUACAUAUGUAUAUAAUAAUUCGUUACAAUGUUAGUGAUAGUUUCGAAAGUGAACUAUUUUUAUUGUAUAUUUUUUUACUUUCCAUAUUACAUUCAUAGAUAGCCAAGCGCCACAAUACUAAUUCUUAUUUAUCAUACAUACUUACAAAUGCGUGUAAUUCGUGAAACCGUUUCUAAUUUUACGCAAAUUUUGCAGUUGGUCGAUGAAUGCAAGGAAUCAUAUGUUGCAUACUAUUCAUUAAGAUUCAUUUAAUGUAUCUUUUUUCAUUUGUCAUCAGCCUACUAUAUUUCGAUAUUAAAUUAAAUUUUAUAACUUUAUUUCCCUUAAGUUGAUGACAAUAUUAUUUUUCAAAUGAAAAAUAAAAAUUUUGUGUAGUAAUUUUCUUUAACUAACGUUUAGUUAUCGUUUCUAUUUCAUCAUUAUUAUCAUUUCUCUCAUUAUCAUUUUAUUUAUUAUUAUCUCUAAAAGAUAAUAAUAUUGUUAAAUAUUAAUAAUUAUUAACUUGUAAGUGGAGGAUAAUCCCGACAAAGAGAGAUAUUUAUAGAAAUAAAUAGUUUCUAUAAAAUCAGAAUUGAUAUUGAUAUGCUGUUAAUGUGUGUUGCAUUUCAAAAUAUUGCGAGAUUCAUGGCAAAGAAAUUAAAAAUAAAAAUCCAUGAAAUUUCGUAGAUUUAAACAUCUCAGUGGAUACAGCUUUCAACAAAUAAAUGUGAACAGAGAUUUAAUCAAAUUCUAAUUUAAAUGAAUGUGCGAAGGAUUUAAUCAAACUCUGUAUUUAAAUAACACAUAGCAUUUAAUUCCAGAGUAUAAAUAAGCAACGAUUCAAAGAUAAAAAUUUCGAGAUGUAAUUGAACAAUAUAUUGUACAAUAAAUGUUAUAUGGUGUUCCAUAAAGGAGAGUUGCUUUUUUUAUGAAAAGAUUCAAAUAUGAAAGAGAUUGUUGUUAAACGAUACGGUACGAUGUUUCGAAAUUCAAGUAUUUUGAUCUUGUGUGUGUGUGUGUGGGUAUAGUGUAUCCUGUACAAAAGAUAUCACAAAAAACGUUCGAUCAUAAUGUGAAACAUUAAUAAAAAUUCCUAAUAAC